AGGAAGAGAUUCUUUCGAAUCGUUCUCGCGGUACUUUGAUGUCAUACUCCGAUCGGUCUGCGCAGCUGAUGAAGUCGAAUACGCCUGUCGCGUCUCUCUUCAUAGGUGAGGAGAGAGCGGCAUUAUUGACGACGAGUUUUGCUGCUGAAAGCAAGCAUCCACCACCGUACACAACAGAGGAGCGGACAAGUACACUGUUUGCUCGCGCCGACCGAAAGCAUGAGAAUUUCAAUGCUUAUGUCUCUUAUCCGGCCGACCGGGCCGAUCAUUGUGGGCAUCUCUCUAGGGUUUACUCUGAGCCUCCUAAGCGUCACCUGGGUGAAUGAGUCCUGCGACUCCAACUGGAUGGGAGCCACCGACGAGAUGCUCGUAGCGCAUCCCGGGAUCUCGAAGGGGGCUCGGAAACCCAGUUCGAUAUCCACUGGCACUACUGACAACGGAAAUACCGAAGGGGAAUUUGAGCCAAGAAUAGUGCCUUACAACAAGCCUGCCCAACAAGGUCCUCCACAUAAAGUUAUCAGAGCCAAGUAUGUCAGCACAGAGCUUGGAAUUCGCGAGCGUCUCUUUGUUGCGGUAUUUACGUCCAAAACCACCCUGAGCACGUUAGCUGUGGCCAUCAACCGGACCCUAAACCACCACCUGGAUGGCCGUCUCAUCUUCUUCACGGGCACCCGCAACCGUAAACUCCCUCAUGGAAUGUUUGUGGUUGCCCACGAGGAUGAACGUCCAGUCCCAAACAUGUACCAAUCCAUCCGAUAUCUUCUAGAACACCACGUUGCUGAGUAUGACUGGUUCUACCUUGCUCAGGAUGACACCUAUACCCAGCCUGAAAGGCUUAAGACCCUAGUGAGCCACCUGAGCAUGGACCUUCAGCUUUACAUGGGUCACCCAGGUGAAUUUAUUGGAGGUGAAACACAGGGGAGGUACUGCCACGGUGGACCAGGAUUUCUACUGUCCAGCGCGUUACUUCUGAAGCUCCAGCCUUUUUUGGACCACUGCAGGACUGAUAUCAUAAGCGUCAAACCUGAUGAGUGGCUCGGUCGGUGUAUCAUUGAUUAUACUGGCACCAGCUGUGUGGAGGAAUAUGAGGGGCUGAAUUAUAAUUAUUUUUCAAUGGAAAAUAAUAUGGACCUUCUCAAAGUGGAAAACGAUGGAUUUCAAAACGCACUUACUGUUCAUCCUGUGACCAGUGCUGAACUUAUGUACCGCCUUCACAAACAAUUCUCCCAAAUAGAACUGCAGAGGACCUAUGAGGAAAUUGAGAAACUGCAGUCAGAGAUCAAGAACGUCAGUGAAGUGGCAGUGGAUGGAAACAAAAGCACUUUGUGGCCCAUCGGCAUCUCGCCCCCCUUUGAACCCAAGAGCCGCUUUGAGGUCCUGCGUUGGGACUACUUUACCGAAGAGCACCUUUUUUCUUGUGUGGAUGGUGCCCCUAAGUGUCAGCUGAUUGGUGCUGAUCGUGAUGACGUCUCUGACGUCAUCAAUGUUGCUGUGGCCGAACUCAAAGAGAAAUAUAACCCCAUUGUGCAACUGAGCGAUCCUCGACUGGUGAAUGGUUACCGACGCUUUGACCACACACGAGGCAUGGAGUACACCCUUGACCUGCAGUUCCAGGCCACGACUCAAUCUGGCCAUCAGAAAUCUAUUGCACGUCGCGUACACCUGGUCCGACCCCUCAGCCAGGUAGAGAUUAUCCCCAUGCCUUACGUCACUGAGGCUACACGUGUACACGUUCUACUUCCCCUGACCAGUUAUGAGUCGCACGCAGCGCUGAGCUUCUUAGAUCACUGUUCCUCCAACCUGUUUGAGAAUGGUGAAAAUGCAAUUCUUAACUUGCUAUUCGCCUACGAACCCGCCGAAGCUCUAAAAGUGAGCACAAAUGAUGUCUUCGCAGAAGUCAAAGCCAAGGUCGCAGCUGUUGAGCACAGGUAUCCCAACGUAAAGGUGUCAUGGAUAAGCAUAAAAACGGAGAGUUCUGGUGUCCUGCAUAUCCUGGACAUCGUUUCUAGGAAGCACCCGGUGGACACGCUCUUCCUCCUCGUCACGGCCGACACGGUACUCAACUCUGAGUUCUUGAAUCGCUGCCGUAUGAACGCCAUCAGUGGCUGGCAGGCUUUCUUUCCCAUCCACUUCCAAGAUUUCGACCCCCAUGUUGCUUAUCCGGACAGGCCGCCCUCUGGCUCUCCGGACCUGGUCAGGGAGGCGGGUCACUUUGACCGCUAUACGUUUGAAGAGGCGUGCUUUUAUAACUCAGACUACAUGUCCUCACGUACACGGAUGAAUGGGGAUUUGCAAGAAAAUGAGGAGCUGAUGGAGAAUUUAGAUUUAUAUGACAUGUUUGUGCAAUACUCAGGACUGCACGUAUUCCGUGCCGUCGAGCCCGCUUUGCGUCAGGCGUACCGCAACCGGACCUGCGAUCCGCGGCUAAAUGAGGAUUCGUUUCACCGAUGUCUUCAGAGUAAAGUGGAGGGUCGGGGGUCCCGUUCCCAGCUUGCCAUGCUAAUAUUUGAACAAGAGCAAAGUAAUAGCACCUGAGAAGCUAACCAAAAUGCAAUAGUAGACUAACUGUGCUGGCUUCAUCUACAGUGUGUAUCAAUCAGAAGCUCCCUUAAGACUAAGAAGUUCUGAUUAUUCAUCAGCUAAUAGCUGUUUUUAAUCUCUGAAGGGGUUUUGGAUUCAAUAUCUUACUAAUCCAAACACAAAUGUUUGCAAGAGAGUCCAAUACCUUUAAAAAAUACACUUGAAUUGCAAUGGAUAAUGCACUAAAAAUGCUCUUAUCUCAACUUCAACCUGUCAUUUUAUGAGGAACUUUGGAUUGUGGCACUCUUUCUACUACUGUUUUUUGGACAAAUUGCUUUUUGGAGUUGGUGGUAGAGACGAGUAUAAGAAUGUAAAUAUAUAUUUUUAGAAAUUGCAGUAAAAGGACUUUGCUCUGCAACUUUUAUUGUGGCAGCAGAUAAAACGUGUUUACAGCGAGACUGAGCCUUUCAGAAUGGGGCGAUUGUAUGCAACGAUUUCCUUGAAUGAUUUUGCAUUAUUUCGGUCGCCUGAAUCCACCCAAUGUUGGAAAUGCAUUCCAGUUUUCCACCCACACAUCCUUUCCCCUGUUAGCUGUGGCUGUCUGGAGCAACAUAACUAUAAAGUCCAUAAACUAAUCUGUGCCUUUAAAUCUGCUCCUUCACAGUGAAAUGCAUCUCAACUAUGCAGCCAAGCUAUAAAAUAUACAAAAAACUUUUUCUGUUUUGCACAUAAACCAAAAGUAUUUGUGUCCUAUGCAUUUACAUGUUUUAGUUGUUUUUCUUCAUUCUGUUUCUCACAAAGAUGUUUCUCACAUGUCAUAAUGACAUUAUGCGGAUGUUUAAUGUAUGCACCAUGCUGCUAACAGAAAUUUUCCCAAAAUGUUGGUAAAUUCUGUUAUUAUUUACUCACACUCAUAUAGUUUUAAACCUGUAUGAGUUUCUUUAUUCUUUCUAACACAAAAGAAGAUAUUUUAUUAAAUGAGUUGAUGGUAUCCAUUGAUAUCCAUAGUAGGAAAAAUAAAUACUAUGGAGGUAAAUGGUAUGGUUAUUUGUGUUCAACAGAAUAAAGAAACUCAAACAGGUUAAGAACACCAUGAGGGUGAGUAAAUGAUAACAGAAUUUUAAUUUUUGGGUGAACUAUCCCUUUAAGAAAGGAGAUUAAGACCCUCCUUUUUGUUGAAAGUCUGUCAAUUUAGUGGUAAAAUAAUAACAGUUUAUAGUGUUUGUUAUUACAUAUCAUAAAUAUGAUCAUUCUUAUUUCCUAUUUUAUUCAAUCUUAUUUUUUAUUGUAAAGCCAUCUGAAGUUGGAUGGUCAACUUGUUGUUGGAUGUUUUACUGUCCGCUAGAUGGCAGUAAAGCCAAUUGUGAAAGUUCACCAUUUUCAUACACGACAAUCUGGCUUAUACAUUUCUAGUUCCAGACUGAAUUUUCUCAGUCUGAUUUGUGGCAAGGUCAAAAUGAUGAUAAAUCAAACGUUAAUGCAAUUUCCACUGUAUCUGUUUCUAUUUAAAUGUGCUUGUAUUUGAAUCCAAAAUAAAAUUUCUUUUUAAAAUGC